UAUGUUAAACAAUUGAAUUAUUACACAAAAUUGUUGCAAUAUAUGAAAAACGUUUGAGACUUGAUAAUGUUCUUGAUUCUCGAUAAUAUGUUUAAUGAUUAUUUUCUGUAAUAAAACUCUAUCAGCCAGAUUACUCUUUACUCCUCAGUUCUCCUUCAAGCAUACUCUACAAAUGGCUCGUUCUGCACUAGAUGAAGUUUCAGAUUCUGGGUCUUUUGUUAGACCGCCUUCAACAUUUCGUAACUCUAUUUCAAGAGAUCCCAGUUCUCAGUUUCCUGCUGAAUCCGGGAGGUAUCAUUUGUAUAUUUCAUAUGCUUGUCCUUGGGCCUGUAGGUGCCUUGCAUUCUUGAAGAUGAAAGGACUUGAGAAAGCCAUUACUUUCACGUCGGUUAAACCGAUAUGGAAGAAGACAAGGGAAGGUGAUGAGCAUGGAGGGUGGGUUUUUCCGGCUACUAAUUUGGAGGAACCAGGAGCUGAACCUGACCCUUUGAAUGGAACCAAAAGUAUAAGAGAGUUGUAUGAGCUUGCAAGUACAAACUACUCUGGAAGGUUCACAGUUCCUGUUAUAUGGGAUAAGAAGAUGAAGACAAUUGUUAAUAAUGAGAGUUCGGAGAUAAUUCUCAUGUUUAACGCUGAAUUCAAUGAGAUAGCAGAAAACCCUGCUCUAGAUUUGUAUCCUGCUGACCUUCGAAAUCAAAUUGAUGAGACUAAUGGAUGGAUAUAUAAUGGGAUAAACAAUGGUGUUUACAAAUGUGGGUUUGCAACGAAGCAACAGCCCUAUAAUGAAGCUGUGAAACAAUUAUAUGAUGCCCUGGACAAAUGCGAAGCAAUACUUGGCAAGCAGCGAUACAUAUGUGGAAAUAGACUGACUGAAGCUGACAUUCGGCUAUUUGUCACCCUCAUAAGAUUUGAUGAGGUUUAUGCGGUACACUUCAAGUGCAACAAGAAACUGGUACGAGAGUAUCCAAAUUUGUUCAAUUAUGUGAAGGACAUAUAUCAGAUCCCAGGCAUGUCAGGCACAGUCAAUAUGCAACACAUCAAGCGACACUACUAUGGAAGCCAUCCUUUUAUCAAUCCCUUUGGGAUCAUUCCCCAUGGCCCUGAUAUUGAUUAUUCAUGCCCUCAUGACAGAGAGAAGUUUUCUGCAUAAUUUCUAUAUGCUACGAAACCAGAUGAGUUAUAUUGCAUCGAUGAGGAAUAUUUCAUGUGUCUUGGAAAAGUUGAGGUGUGAACAUUCUGUUUGUGAUGUUGUCAUAUUGUGUGCUUAUUAAAUUGCUUUGUGCAAGACAGAAAUAAACAGCUAUCUUGUUUCUCCAUAAUAUAAUGUUAUUGAUGAGCUUUGUUUUA